AUGAACGAGUACGCCGAAUUCGAUUGGAGGGUGCACCAAAUGCAGAACGAGCGUCUCUGUGACGUAUCCAGGAAAAGACUCACUGAUGGAGACAGACAACGCGCCCUUGACGGCCUCAAAGAAGCCGUCGACUCAAGCCUUAACCUCGCGUUGCGCGAUAAAAGCCGAUGCCAAGACGACCACUUUUUGCGGCGGUUCCUCUAUACCAGCAAGUUCGACGUUCAGCAGAGUUUCGAGUUACUAGUCCGUUACCAUCAAUAUCGUCGGGAGCAUCCUGAACUGUGGGCGCCGGCGGACGGGGGCGUGCUCCGAGCCCUCGCCGACGGCCUACCAGGCGUGCUUGCACAACGUGACCGGAGGGGGCGCUGUGUUCUACUUAUGUUUGCCUCGAACUGGACACCCCACGCUUGUCCGUUAGUGUCCGUUUUCAGGGCGCUGUUACUAACAUUAGAACGUACUCUUGUCGAGACGCAAAACCAAGCAAACGGAUACGUUAUGAUUGUCGAUUGGACCGAGUUUACAUUCAAACAAUCGUGUAGUUUACAAGCAAAGACUCUGAAAAUGAUGAUUGAUUGUCUUCAGGACUGCCUGCCUGUGCGCUUCAAAAGUAUCCAUUUUAUCGGACAGCCUUGGUACGUGGAGACCGCAUUGGCCGUUGUGAAACCUUACCUGAAAGCAAAGACGAGAGAACGGAUAGUGCUUCAUGGUAACAAUUUGUCGACCCUGCACGACUCUUUGCCGCUGGAUAUCCUCCCAGCGGAAUUGGGAGGUGAAGGACCUUCCUACAACUCGGAGCUCUGGUUGCAACAAUUCUGCAGAUUCGAGAACAUAGACACGCCACCUGCUCAAGUGUCGACGAAGGUGGCUAAAGAUAAAGAUCUUCCAGCGGCAAAAGUGGACAAAGCGUAUAAGCAAAAGGACAAUGGGAACUUUUCGUUUCACGGCAAUGAAAAAAGUGCAAAGUCAGAAUUACUACGCGAUAAAGAUUGA